AUGGAGGAUCAGGGUAAGGCUAUCUUUACCGGUAUAGAAGGGAGAAAACCUCCUAAGGCUAAGGGUGGUUCUUGUGAAUUGAUUCUUAGACUUUUGGCCGUUGUUCUCACCCUUGCUGCUGCUAUAGUUAUUGGGAUCGACAAGCAAACCAAAAUUGUUCCUAUCAAGAUUGUUGACUCUUUGCCUCCUUUCAAUGUUCCUGUUUCUGCUAAAUGGCAUUACCUCUCAGCUUUUGUCUACUUUAUGGUGGUAAAUGCAAUAGCAUGUGCAUAUGGAGCCAUCUCUAUGUUGCUCACCUUUUUAAAUAGAGGUAAAAGAAAAGAGUUAUUAGGAACAUUGAUCACUAUUCUUGACACGUUGAUGGUGGCUUUGCUAUUUUCUGGCAACGGUGCCGCCGCCGCAACUGGUCUUCUUGGCUACAACGGAAACUCUCAUGUAAGAUGGAACAAAGUGUGUGAUGUGUUUGAUAAGUUUUGUCAUCAAGUGGCGGCCUCCAUUAUUCUGUCUCUGCUUGGAUCAAUAGCAUUCCUAUUGCUAAUACUGAUUCUUCCUAUCUUGAGGUUUCAUAGGAGAACUUAG